AUGAUGGUUGGUAGCACUGGCAAGCACGAGCUAUGCUGGACCAGGCAAUUGUUCCUGGGUGGUCUGCUUGCAACGGGGGUAUUUAAGAGGACGGCUAAGACGAAUGCCCUCUGGCGUUAUUGGAAGCGUCGUAUCGAGGUGGGUGUUGGGGUUGGUAUCUGGCGGGGCGAGUUUCUCUUCACGGAUCCGCUUCCGUCUAUUAAUCUGCAACUGGCAGCCAGAUUUUCUCGCUUUGACUGCGAAGGUCGCUUUGCUAGUUGA